UAUAUACCUGAUUUGAUAUGAUAGUGGUUAUGCAUGCAUGUUAAUUGUGGCUUUCUUAUUUAGGGAAACCAGAAUGAUGAGUACCAAGGGUGUGCUGGGGUCUCCAAAGCCAGCCAAGAGGGUCAAGCUGACCUCAGUGGAGCCAACACGAGACGAGCUGCUGGAAGAGAGAAAGAAACUGCCCAUUUUUCCUGCCAAGGGGAAACUGCUGCAAAAUGUGCAACAAGUCAGCACUGCUAUUAUCAUUGGAGAGACUGGUUGUGGCAAGACAACCCAAAUCCCACAGUUUCUGUACAAGGCAGGGAUGCACCGCAACCACACCAUUGCAAUAACACAGCCGCGACGAGUGGCUGCCAUUAGUAUUGCUGAGCGUGUAUCGAAAGAAAUGGGUACAGAGUUGGGUCAGACAGUUGGAUAUUGUGUACGAUUUGAAGAUGUCAGUUGUCAGGCAACAAAAAUACGCUUUAUGACAGAUGGAAUGUUAUUACGUGAGUCAACACUCGAUCCAUUACUGAAGCGUUACUCCUUUGUCAUAUUAGACGAAGCUCAUGAAAGGACGGUCCACACAGACGUGCUCUUCGGUGUUGUGAAGGGGGCUCAGAAACGACGCCGAGCGAAAGGACUUCCACAAUUGAAAAUAUUAGUCAUGUCUGCCACCAUGGAUGUUGAUCAAUUUUCUCAGUACUUCGAUUGCGCCCCAGUAUUUUAUCUUGAAGGACGCCAGUAUCCCAUUCAGGUAAAAUACUCAGUUCAGUCCCAAAGUGACUACCUCUUUUCAGCUCUGGUGGCCGUCAUGCAAAUCCACCAGGAGGCGCCACUGGGACAGGACAUCCUGGUAUUUCUGACAGGCCAAGAGGAGAUCGAGUCUGCAGUUCACACGCUCAGGGAUAUCGUUAAGGACGUAACCAAGCAAUACGCACCCAUGAUCGUCUGCCCAAUGUAUGCAGCUCUUCCAACUGGGCAACAGAUGAGAAUCUUUCAGCCGACACCAGGGGGCGUUCGCAAGGUCAUCGUCGCGACAAACAUCGCAGAAACCUCAGUAACCAUUCCAAACAUAAAAUUUGUUGUUGACACAGGCAUGGUGAAAGCCAAGAUCUUUAACCCUAAUAGCGGCUUGGAUAUGCUGAAAGUUUGCUGGGUUUCCAAAUCUCAAGCAUGGCAGCGUACGGGGAGAGCAGGGCGCGAGGCCCCGGGCACGUGCUAUCGAUUGUACACAGAGGAGGAAUUCGAACAGUUUUCCACAAACACAAUCCCUGAAAUACAGCGCUGUAAUCUGUCCAGUGUGAUACUGCAGCUUCUGGCGUUAGGAAUCUCCGAUAUCGUCCAUUUUGAUUUCAUGGACAAGCCGCGACCGGAAGCCAUCUUGGCGGCUCUGGACCAACUGGUUCUUCUUGGCGCCGUGGAGAAACAAGAAAAAGUCCAGCUAACUCUGUUAGGUCGACAACUUGCUGCUUUCCCCCUUGACCCUCGCCUGUCUCGCGUGCUGCUGGGAGCGAAGGAGUUCGAUUGUCUUGAGGAAAUGUUGACUGUUGUUUCAUUGUUGUCUGUGGAGUCCGUGUUCCACACGCCUUAUAAUAAACGCGACACUGCGCACGCUGCCAGACAGAAGUUUAUUUCCAGCGAGGGGGAUCACUUGACGCUGUUGAAUGUUUACAGGGCGUACAAAGGCGUCAAGGGCGACAAACAGUGGUGUCAGGAAAACUUCAUCAACGCCCGCAACAUGCAGACGGCGUCUCAGAUACGCAAACAGCUGCGCGAGAUAUGUGUGCACCUUCAACUCCCAUUCAAAUCAUGCGGACAAAACACGGGGGUCAUACGCAAGUGUCUUUGUCACGGAUUUUUCACAAACGCUGCGGAGUUACAGCACGAAGGAGUAUAUAAGACCGUGGCGUCUAAGAAAACGGUGGUCAUUCACCCAUCUUCUUCACUGUUCAUGCGGAAGCCGGGCUGUGUCAUUUACAAUGAGCUGGUACAGACCAGUAAGUGUUAUAUGAGGAACUUAAGCGUGGUGGACCCACAGUGGCUGUACGAGGCGGCCCCGACGUAUUUCAAGAGGAAAAAGACGGCUAACUAGACGUAUUUCAAGAGGAAAAAGACGGCUAACUAGACUGAUUAAGUAUACCAAUAUUGAGGCAUUUGGCCUAGAAUGAUGAAGGGGGAUAUUUGAAGAAGAAUGUAUUUAAUGUUGAUGAUUAGUACAUAUUUCUAACUUUGUGUUACUUCCAUUAAGUAAGAGGAUACAAUAUUCUGUAUUUUUUAAACAAUUUUUACUCCUGCAUUAAAGCUGUUAUCGACAUCUGAUUGGGAAAGAUAUAAAAUACUGUGUUGAAUA